GUUUCCAGGAGCCUCCCUCUCCGCCCGCAGCUCCCGCGCGCCCCCGCCCAUGAGCGGCGCGGGCGCCGAGUCCGCCGAGGAGAGCUCGGGCAGCGCCAGCGGCAGCGGCGAGGGCGGCGACAGCCCCGCGGCGGGGCCGUCGCCGACGGAGAGCCUCGAGGAGGACGGUUGGCAGCUGCUGGCCGAGAACUUCCAGGCGCUCGAGGAGGAGCAGGGGGACCUGAACGAGUUCGGCGAGGAUGACCCGCCGCGCCUCGAGGUGGGCGCCACCCUCGCCUGGCAGCUCCUCUCUGCGCCGCUGGGGCGGGAGAGCCUCGGCGCCUUCGGCGUCAACGGCCCGCCCAUGAACGUGAUGGACUGCUGCCCGGUGUCCGGCCGCGUCUUCGUGGCCAACCAGCGCAGCCUGCUCGGUUUCUCGCUGGCCUCGCUGCGGCGGCUGGCGACCCAGGAGAACGCAGCGGGGACCGCCCUCCGCGAGGACCAGGAGGCCGCGGAGGGCGGCGAGUGGAGGUGCGAGAGGCCGCUGCUGCUGCGCGCGCAGGCGAACCGCCUGCGGUGCGGGCAGAUCGCGGGCCGCGCGGUGGUCGCGACCGUCGACGCAGCGGGCGGAGUGACGGUCGUGCCCAGCGACCGCGCCGGCUUGGAGCCCGUGGUCACCGUGACGAACAAGGCUCGGGCGAGGGCGAGUGGAGACCGCGGCUGCAGGGUGCGGCCCGACGCGUGGACCGCGAGCGAGCAUCGAGGGGCACUCGUGAACCCGAUGGCCCCCGACGAGGCCGCGUGGACGGGCGCGCCGGUGAGCACCUGGGGCCUGGCGCUGGCGCCGCACGGCGACCAGCCCCCCGAGUCCGGCGUGGGCGCGCUGGCCGUGUCGGCCAACGACCACGAGGUGCGGGUCUGGUUCGUGGCGCCGCCGCGCGGGGAGCGCGCCGAUGCCUGGGAGCCGCCCGGGGGACCGAGCGUGGACCUCGCCGGGGGUCUCCUGGCGGCCGCGUCGCUGGACGGCUUCGUCCGGGAGAGGCACAGCCCCUGGACCGACAAGGCGGCGGCCCUCUGGGCAGUAACGUUGCCGAGUCAGGACAGUCGGGAGGCGCCGCCGCUCCUGCCGCUGGACCGCGUCUCUCUGGGUCAGGGCGUUGGGGGCAGCCGCCUGCUGACAUUGCCCCAGGCUCAGGUGACGAUGUACACGGAUUCCCCAUUCGUGAAGGUGCAGACGGAGCCGUCGAUCCCAAUGAGUCCCCAUGCAGCUGUAUCCUUGGAGUUGAAGUCGGGUUUGUGCCAGCCGUGGAUGCGCGUCAUUCCCGUGCCACGGCCCUUCCCUGUCGUUCGCCCGUCAGGAUGUGCAUCGGCCGAUUUCAACGAGAUGUGGGAGCAGAUUCGUAUGAGUAUGCCCACGGGAUCAGGAGGAGAGGGGGACUUAUCCAAGGGCUGGGGGAUGUUCAUCGGCGCCGCGGAGCAGGAGUGGUGUGAUGUCUACCAGGUGUCGAACGACCGCUCGAAGCAUCUAGGCAGAGCGCAGGUCGUGUCGGACGGGCUCCUGGAGGCCAAGAAGGUUCAGACGUGGCCCCAGGUCCAGGGGCCCUUCGGGGCCUUCUCCGACCAUGACGUGCUCACCUGGAUCGCGCACGAUGGCGCCUCUGUGAACAUUCGGGACGUUUCGGCAUGGUACCUCAGGAAACUCCUGGUCCGCGGUUUUGAGGCCUGGCAGUGGGCCAAAGUUGCUGGUGCUGAAGGGUGCGAGCAUCUGGACAAAGGUGCUGCGAUGGCACCCCUUCUUCGGCUUCUGAAAGGUUCGCGGCCCCAGAGUCACCAGUGCAGAGACCUAGGCAGCUUGGCCUUGCAAGAGCGUGAUUACCUUAGGAGUGUUUUGAUUAAUGGGCAGUGGCCGAUGGCGAGGAAGCGUGAAGCUGGUUUCAGGUUCCAGCUCGCGCAGGUUCUUGUCGAGGACGUUGCUCAUUUCAUCGCGCGGGCUGGGGCCUCUGUGGACUCACGAGAUACGGUUUUGUUGAGGCCUGGCGCCAGGCCAAACAAGGCGCCUGUGCUGCAGCUGGUCUUUCCCAAGCUUGGGCACGAGCUGGUCGGCCCUCAGGGGGCUAGGUGGUGCGUGCGGUGCCGUGUUCCGUCACCCUCGAAGGCGGAGUGCCUUGGUGCCGUUGUGUCGCGGGCCGUCGAGGCCAAUCGUCGGAUCAUCGCCGACGGACUUAACGGCCACAAGCUUGUGUGUUUUGUCACUGAUCGGGCGCUCGACCGCCACCACUUUGCGGUGGUUGGGUGCCAGGUCUGCGGCGCUGCCACUUCGGUGCAGCGCAAAUCGUUGGCCCGACCCUGCACUAAGCCAGGGGUCCACGGGGCUCGGGCCAAAAGGGCCAUGGAGGGGGGAUAUGUCCCUCAUGUGAAGGGGGCUAAGGUGCGCACCUCUGUGGUGGCCCUGAGCCCCUAG